AUGUUGCUGGCUCAGAGAUCAUUAGUAAGAAGAAUUACAGGUGUACGCUUGCAAGUCCGAAUGUUGCAUCACACAACAAAGACUUCAACAGCUACAUCACAAAUCGAUACAACUUCUGCUGGCGAUUUCAAGCAUUCUGAAGUUUUAUCAAAAGUUAUGAGUCCUUUAAUGUCGAUUAACCAUGUUAAGGAGGCCCCUAGUUUGAAGAAUUACCAUAACAACAAAAUCACCUAUAGGUCAUAUUUAAAUUUAAAUCCCGAGAAAUAUGACCUAGAUGAAGAAGAAAAGAUUGUCAAGUACUAUUCAUCUAAGAAUGAUGGAGUUGAGGUGCAACCAUAUGCACCAGAAAUCCAGUAUUUGAAGAAUAUAUUAGAGUCAUUCCUGGAACAAAAGUAUUUUGAUAAAAUUGAUCAAGUUUUGAAGUCAUUGUCAAAGUUAGUCAACGCUACUGAAUUCACCGAUAUUUGCAAUAAAUAUUUAGAAAACAUUUUACAAGAUGACCUGCUUAGUUUACAAGAUUUGAACAGCAUUAUUGGCCAGCUUCAAGAUAAAUGUAAAUUCAAGACCAAUACUCGAACUGAAGCCAUUAUUUUAGGGAAAAUGUUGAAUGACAGUGAUAAUGCACAAUCGAGCAUAAGUGAGUUUUUUGGAAACAUGGAAAAACAAACAAUUGUUGAAAUUUUGAGAAACAUGGAUGUUAUUGGAGUCGACAAUUUGUACAAAGUGUUUGACUGUGACUCGAUUGAUGCCUCUGUCAUUCCAAAAGAAUUACAAGAAAUUUAUCAGGAACAUAAACUGAAAGACCACGAUGAUGAAAUCGCCGAAGACAUUCUCAAAUUACAAGAAAACAAACAAAUUAAUCCGUUAGACAAAAAAAGUCUUGAAGAAUUAUUGCCAGUGGAUUCAUUUGGAUUGCAAGUUAUUAGACACAGUUUGCUAGGCUUGAAGCCAGACCUGGAAGCUGCUUUAAAGUUUGCUGAUCAAGUAGAGAAAAUCAUUGAAGACGUUGACGAUGAAGUGUUGAACCAAGAUAUCAUGAGUGGUAAAAUAAAUUAUUUCGAAAUGUACAGCAAGUUGAAAACCGAAGAACAAAGACAGGCUUUUAACGAGGCACUCAAUGUUUUCAAUCUUGAGAGACAAAAACAAAUUGAAAUUAGAGGGAUUGAAGGUGCAAAGGAAAAAUGGAAACACGAUUUCGAAGAACUGCAAAAACGAGGGGAUUUGAAUUUGUCGAAAGGGUUGAAUGCACAAUGCUAUAAAUGGCUUCAAGAUGUCUUACCAGUAUUGGAAAAGGAAUACAAACUAUGUGAAGCAUUAAUCAAUGGCAAUAACUCUGUCAUUGAAAAAGAUGACCCAAAUGCCAAAGAUCGUGCAAUGUACGCCCCAUUUAUAUUGAAAAUAUCCCCAGACAAGGCGAUCAUCAUAACAAUCCUUGAGUUAUUCAAAUUGCACUCCACAGGAGGAGUUGUUCGUGGGUUCCGUGCCUAUAAAGCUAUUCAAAGUGUAGGCAAAGCCAUAGAGGCAGAAUAUCGAAUUGGAUUGCAAGCAAAAAAAGAAAAUAAAUUGUUUUCUCAAAAACAUUUAUCACCACAAUUGCAGAAGUUGAUGAGAAGAACAAUGCAAAAGGGUAAUGAAUCAACCCCAGAAUGGGAUGAUGCCACACGUGCAAGAAUCGGGGGUGUUUUGGUAUCUAUCUUGAUGUCUGUAGCUAAAGUGAAUGUUAGAAAGGAAACACCUCAGGGAUUAAUUGAAGAUUUUCAUCCUGCAUUUUAUCACGGUAUGCAGUUUAUUGCUGGUAAUCGUGUUGGGGUUAUCAAGGUGCAUACAGACAUUUCAAAUAUUUUGAGUGGAACAUCAUUAACCGAAUCAAUUCAACCACAGGCAUUGCCAAUGUUAGUUGAACCAAAACCUUGGAAUUCAUUUUAUGGAGGUGGAAGCUUAUAUUCAAAAACUCCUUUAGUAAGAGUCAAAGAUUCACCUGAGACAGAAGCGUAUCUCAAGGCUGCUAACGAACGCGGAAACUUAACCGGAGUGUUUGAAGGCUUGAAUGUUUUAGGAAACACCGCUUGGACUGUGAAUAAAAAAGUUUUCAAUGUCAUUUCUCAUUAUUGGAAUUCUGGAGAAGAGUUUUUGAGUAUACCUCCUGUGUCAGAAGAGCCACAAUUACCUCAAGAUAUACCUGGAAAUUCUGACCCCCAAAAAUUAUUACACCACACAACAUCAAAGUAUCAAGCUCUUGAUGAAUACAUAUCUAACAAAUCUCAAAGAUGUGACAAUAAUUAUAGAUUGGAAAUUGCUCGUGCAUUUAUCGGUGAAAAAUUGUUUUUCCCUCAUAAUUUAGAUUUUAGAGGUAGAGCUUAUCCGAUUUCUCCUCACUUCAAUCACUUGGGUGGGGACUUGACUAGAUCAUUGUUUUUGUUUUGGGAUGGUAAAGAAUUAGGUGAAGAAGGAUUGAAUUGGCUUAAAAUCCAAUUGGCCAAUGUAUAUGGUGUCGACAAAGAGUCACUUGCUAAAAGAGUUGAAUUUGUCAAUGAAAACUUGGAAAAAGUCCUUGAAUCUGCCGCUGAUCCAUUUGCCACAGAUGCUUGGUGGCAAAAAGCGGAAAAACCUUGGCAAGCUUUGAGUGUUUGCUUUGAAUUAGCUGAAGCUUACAAACUUGACGAUCCUACCAAAUUUGUUUCUCAUUUACCAGUUCAUCAAGACGGAACUUGUAAUGGAUUGCAACAUUAUGCCGCCUUAGGUGGUGACGUUGAAGGUGCCAACCAAGUUAACUUGAACCCUUCUGACAAGCCACAAGAUGUUUAUACUUAUGUUGCUAAGCUUGUUGAGACUAGAGUUAAAGCAGAUGCUGAGAAGGGAGAUGAAUUAGCAAUUUUCUUACAAGACAAAAUCAAGAGAAAAGUUGUGAAGCAAACAGUCAUGACAAAUGUUUACGGUGUCACCUUUAUCGGUGCUAUUGAACAAAUCAGGAAACAAAUAAUACAUUUAUUCCCUAAAGACGCUGAUCACCACGCGGCUGCCAGGUAUUUAGCUGUUCAAGUGUUUGCUUCUAUUAGAGAAUUAUUUGAGAAUGCCCAUUUCAUUCAAGCUUGGUUAACUGAAUCUGCUAAAAGAAUUACCAAAUCAGUUACAUUAGAUUUUGGCGAAUCUCAAUAUUCCGAACAGGAACUUUUGUCAACGGUUAUUUGGACUACCCCAUUAGGAUUACCUUGUGUUCAACCAUAUCGUUUACACAAAAAGAAACAAUUGAAAACUGCAGUGCAAGAUUUAAAUAUUGUGAUGCCGUCAAACACCAGUGCCGUUGAUUCCAGAAAGCAACAAAAUGGAUUUCCACCAAACUUUAUUCAUUCCUUGGAUGCAACCCACAUGUUGAUGACAGCAACAAAAUGUGCAGAAUUUGACUUGAAUUUCGCCUCUGUUCAUGACUCGUUCUGGACACAUGCUGCAGAUGUUCCUCAGAUGAAUAGAAUCAUUAGAGAACAGUUUGUCAAAUUACACACUACCAAUUUAAUAGAAUUGUUAAAAGAAGAGUUUUCGGAGAGAUACAAAGACAAUUACCAAGUUCUUCCAAUACCUAAUAAUCACGAAUUAGCCCGCAAAGUAAAAGCCAUCAAAAAAGAAUGGGCAGAGGCAUUGAACAGACCUGUUCAAAUAGCCGACGAGUUGUAUAUGGAGCGUAAACGUUUACAGAUGUUGGAGUCUGAAGAUCCAGAAGAAGUCGAAGUCGCCAAGAAUAUGGAAACUACUAUAAGUAUAACGAUGAAUUAUAAGCCAUAUGAAUUUGCAAACCGUCAAGUUUCUAAUAGUUUCCAAAUUUUAGUUCCUAUACAGUUCCCAGAAGUUCCAAGUAAAGGUGAGUUUGAUGUGAAUUUGGUCAAACAAUCGCAAUAUUUCUUUUCAUAA